AUGGCUUGGAGAUUUAAGGCGUCGAAAUACAAGAACGCUACACCGAUCGUACCGAAACCGGAGGCAUGCAUCCGCGACAUCUUCGUCGGUUCGUAUCAAACGUACGGCAAUAAUAUCGCCGCAUCCGCCGCGUUCAUUGCGUUCAACUGGGAGCAUGCUGGUUCCAGCCUGGCGGUAUUGCCAAUCGAUGACUGUGGCCGGAAGAGCAAGACGAUGCCAUUGCUUCAUGCGCACUCGGACACGGUAACAUACCUGGACUUUUCGCCCUUCCAUGACGGUUUGCUCGCAACCGGCUCACAGGACUGUCUGGUAAAGGUGUGGCACAUACCGGAAAAGGGUCUCGAGCAAUCGAUCUCGACCCCGGAAUGUACCUUCUCGACCAAGCAGCGGCGCGUCGAAACGGUCGGCUUUCAUCCAACUGCCGACUGUUUGCUGUUUGCCACCGCGAUUGGGUGUGUCACGCUGUGGGAUCUAACGUGCCAACAGGAAGCGUUUGCAAACAACGAACACCCGGAGGUGAUUCAAUCACUUAGCUGGAAGCAGGACGGACGACUGUGCGUGACAAGCUGCAAGGAUAAGAUGUUGCGCGUAAUGGAUCCACGCGCUAGUACACCGAUUACCCUAGCCGCCGAAAGCCACCAAAGCAUCAAGGAUUCGCGUGUGGUCUGGCUCGGCGAACAGAACCGUGUGCUCAGCACCGGGUUCGAUGCAGCCCGUUUGCGUCAAGUAAUCAUUCGCGAUCUGCGUAACUUUUCGAUACCGGAAAAAACGCUCGAGCUUGACUGUUCCACCGGCAUCCUGAUGCCACUAUUCGAUCCUGACACCAACAUGCUGUUCCUGUCCGGGAAGGGCGAUACGACGAUCAACUAUUUGGAGGUGACGGAUAAGGACCCGUACUUGAUCGAGGGCAUCCGCCAUUCGGGAGAACAGACGAAGGGUGCCUGUUUGGUGCCGAAACGUGCGCUCAAGGUGAUGGAGGGUGAAGUUAACCGUAUUAUGCAGUUAACUUCCAACUCGGUCAUACCGAUUAUGUACCAGGUGCCAAGAAAGACGUACCGCGACUUUCAUACCGAUCUCUAUCCAGAAACGAACGGCUACAAGAGUGAGCUGACUGCUACGCAAUGGCUUGACGGUGCCAACACACCGGUUCCAAAAAUCAGCCUGGAUCCAGCAAAGCGCGAACUCGGCGAUGCACCAAUCGUUGUCCUCCGUGGACCGCUAAACGAGGUGGUGAACAAUAUUGCGAACAAGAUGCGUAGUACGAAAUCAUCCACUAACAUCUGUACGGCUGAUAGAAUUGAGCGCGAAAAGGGAAUCGUAAAGGCGACGUACGUACCUAUCAAGGAGAAGAUCAAGCACAUGGACCAACAGUCACACACGGAAAAAUGUGAGCUGGAGCAACGCUUCCGGGAGAUAUCUGCCGCCCACAAAGAAAAGGACGAGGAUGGCAACCCUCAGCCACAGCUAGCCGCCGAGAAGAAUGGGAACGAUAACCAUCAUCAUCAACAGCGGGAAACGUCUUGCUCGUCCUUCGAUUCGGAGACGGACGUACGUGCGGGCGAAACGACCCCUCCGAAACCGCUGCCAAGGACCUCGCGCAACAACUCGGUCUCGGAACAGCUGUCGGCGACAGCGGGUGGUACCAUCGAAGACGUAUCUACGUCCUUGGUGGCCACAUCGAAUGUUGCCGUCGCUCCCCGUCCAGUUGCGCGACCACGCACUACCAGCGGAUACAAGCCACGUCUGGGACCAAAACCUUUUUGCAGCUCGGGGGCAACAGGAGAUUUUUCCUUCGACAAGGUGUUCAGCGUUCCGGUCGUACCGGGAGUAGAUCCGGGAACAACCGACAAAGAAAGCCCGGUAUCAGCACCGUCACAGAUAAUGAUGGCGGGUGAUGGCAUUCAUGGAGAAACAAAUGGUAAUACAGUUACCAUAGCACCGGAACAGGAACACAAACACAGCAGUCCAACCGAUUUUGGCAAAACAUCCGACGAACCAAUGGACCAGUGUGAGAUCGACACGCGUCAGAUUCCACAUGCUGAGCUACGAAAGCCUGGUGAACAAGAAAAGAUCUUUGAACGUCAUACUUCUUCGGAGUCUGUCGAUCAGUUUGAUUUAGGCUCAGAUGAUGCUAAAAAUCAAUUCGAGCGGAUGAGUGCUCAACGCACGAGCCUCGCAGAACGACGACGCAUGUUCGAAAGUCGUUCACAGAGCGUACAGGACGAAAAGGCUAGCUCACCAACACCAUUCAGACGCCUUGAUUCGCUGAAAGCUCGUGGUGAACAAAAAACGAGCUCUGACGAUACAGAUCUCAUGCCACCACCGAGCGCGGACUUUCUGCGCAAUCGCAGUGAUCUCUCCAAAGAAAAUAUGCCGGACAUCGUGAAACGCAGCAACAGUACUGCUGGCGUCUCUUCUACAGGUGCCAAUAACAAUGCUGCUUCCAAGCGCACUUCAACCGUGUUCGGACGCGUGUCCAAGUUUCGACACCUGAAGGGAACUCCCGGCCAUAAAAGUACGCACAUUGAAAACAUUCGCAACCUCAGCCGCCAAAUACCGGGCGAGUGUGAUGGCUUCCAGGCGAAUGCGGAGCGUGUGGCGGUACCUAUCGCUGGGGCGGGAGGCAAGAUUGCCGUACUGGAAUUGAACGAUCCGGGCCGGCUGCCUGAUGGCGUCAUCCCGACGCUGGUCAAUAUCCAGAACAUCAUGGAUUUCCAGUGGGAUCCGUUUGACCCGUACAGGCUUGCGGUGGCAUGCGACGAUGGUUCGGUUAAGAUUUGGCGCAUCCCCGUCGGAGGGCUGACCGAGCCGACAAACGAACCAGAAGCGCUGCUGGUUGCGCACACGGAUAAAAUUUAUAUCAUGCGAUUCCACCCGUUGGCCCAGAACGUGCUGCUGACGGCAAGCACCGACAUGGUGAUGAAGCUGUGGGACUUAGCAACAAUGGGGGAGAAGUACAGUCUGCAUGGGCACACUGAUCAAAUUUUUUGCUUCUCCUGGAGCCCGUGUGGCCGUUAUGGUGCUACCGUAUCGAAAGAUGGACGCAUACGCGUGUACGAGCCACGCAAAUCGACGCAACCUAUAAAGGAAGGUACUGGCCCAGUUGGUACACGGGGUGCCCGUAUCGUGUGGGCGCUCGAGGGAGAAUAUUUGGUGGUGACCGGAUUUGAUAAGGUCUCCGAACGACAGAUCUACGUUUACAAGCUGAACGAUCUGAAUGCUCCGAUGGGUAUGGUUGGACUGGAUGUUUCUCCCGCCAUCCUGAUGCCGUUCUACGACGAAGACAGCUCAACGCUGUUUGCUACCGGCAAAGGCGACAGCACAAUCUACUGCUUUGAGAUAACCGACGAGGCACCAUUCAUCUGUCCUCUAUCCCACCAUCGCUGCACCACACUCACGCAAGGGCUCAGCUUCUUGACCAAGAACCACUGCGAUGUGGCGUCGGUCGAGUUUGCUCGCGCUCUGUGGCUUACGAAUGGUACGGUUGAGCCACUGAGCUUCAAGGUACCGCGCAUCAAGUCCGAGCUUUUCCAAGACGAUCUCUUUCCACCGACGAAAGUGCUGUGGCGCCCGACGCUCACCGGAGACGAAUGGUUUGCCGGCAAGGACGUAACACCCACUCGCAUCAGCUUGAAACCAGACGGCAUGGAUACGCUGUCUUCGAUUCAACCAACUGUCACGACCACACCUUCGAAAAAAUCCGAACCAAUUUCAAUGCCGCAGGGUAUACAGAAACCAUUUGCGAAGGCUCCCGAGCAUGUUCAAGAGCAGAUAAAAAAUGCUGUCAGCGCUCGCAUGCCUGUAAACAAGAAACUCGAACAGGACAGCAUGGAAGGUGUAGAUGAAAAGGAGUGGGAAGAAUAG